AUGUUCCAGUCUGCCCCAAGGACAGAAGCCUUUCGAAAGUUCCCAGAUGAACAACAGGACCCGUUGCAUCUCCCUGGGUAUCAGCUACCACUGGACUUUGCACCCUUCCAUAGCAACGUCUACGGUGUUCUGAGGCGCAGCCUGUUUCCAACUGCAUUGGACGACCGCGAUAUCCAGAAGGGAUAUGCUGACCAACCUCUUCUAACCAUUCGUGAGAUCAAUAUGAUAAACUUUAUGGAAAUCCUCACAGAUAUACCAAAUUGGUGGGAAAAGAUUGAUGACCCUCAAACGGCUGAGAAAUGGAAGAAAGAUGCCUUGGAAAGUGGUUUUGACAUAACACCCAAGAUGGCCAAAUGGAUCAUUGAUGAGUUGAGAUACAAAGCAAUGGUGUACAGGCUUCAAAAAACAGUUACUUUGCGUAAUGGUGGUAUCUCAAAGUCCGACUCUGCCGUUCCUCUACCACUCAUCGAACGCAUGCGGCGUGCUAUGACAGACCUUAAACCGGGGCCUCUGCAUCGAGUGGAAAUUAUCCCACGCACCAAUGGCCACGAACGAAGUCUCAUUCCUCUGGGAUUGAACCCACUAGUUUAUGGGAAGAGUCGCAUCCUGCCUGACAGGCUCCUUUCGAUAGACGAUGCCCUUUCCUCCAUCGGGGCUGGUGAAAUUAUUGACCUUCCACAGGAGACAGGGAUCACCCGGGAAGAUAUGGUUUGGAAGGUAGCUUCUCGCGCUGACCUUAAAGUCAAGCCUUACAGCACCAAUUUCCAACUGCUCCCCAGCGACCUACAGCUGGGACCGGACGGAAAGUGGCACAUUGUCAGUUAUAUCAACAAUUUGCACCCAGAACAAUUCCGGGAGAUGUACGAGAUAAUCGCGGAGAUUUUCAGCGAAAUGGAACCUGUGUGGAAUACCACCUUAACACCACUAAAAGACAUGCUCCAUUCGCGGGCUAGGAUCGAAUACCAUAAAGUCGAGUAUUACCCAGUUCCACAGGAGGCGAUGAACAUUAAGCCUCAAUACCGUGAAGGCGAGUCGGAAAAUGAGUUUUCCGAGAGGUUGAAUAAUUGGCGAAUUGAGCAUUACAAGGCAAUUCAACCUGAUGCCGAUGAUUUCAGGCCCUGGGCAGUUCCCCUUUCCAUGAUGUAUAACUUGCCCACGGACCUAUCCGAACAAGUGCGCAUCGAGGAAGGGGUUCAACUGAAUAAAGAUUAUGGAAAGACGGGGCUGCAGGCAUUCUUCAGCUUGCUUGAGUUCACCUUGACACCCGAGGACCCGGUCUAUGAGCGUCCAUGGCAUAUAGAAGGACAAUUGAACGAGCAUAUCUGUGCGUCGUCAAUCUUGUACCUUGACAGCCAGAACAUUGAAGACGUCUACUUGUCAUUCCGCCAAAUGUCCGAAACAGCAUCCCUCUCCGAAGUGCAACAUGAGCUCGACGACUGGGUCUGGCUUAAGCAGAUCUACGGGCUUGAAGCGGGAAGCGCAGCCGUCCAAGAAAUCGGCCGUAUCAACUUCCGUCCUGGACGAGUGAUCCAGUGGCCCAGCACAGUGCAUACCCGCGUGGACCCCAUCCGUCUGAAGGAUAAGACCAAACCAGGUGUGCUGCGACUGCUAGCCAUAUAUCUCGUCGAUCCCAACAUCCGCAUCAUCUCGACCGCCAAUAUCCCGCCGCAAAGGGUGGACUGGAAGCAGGAGAUGCAGGAUUUGGGGCCGAAACAAUAUGAUGAAGUGAAGAAGUUCCCUCCUUACCUGAUUGACCGUGUGUUGAACAGGAAAGAUGGUUUCCCCUUCCUGCUGGAAGACGCAGAGAAUUAUGCCCAACAGAUCUGGUUGGAGUGUCUGGAGUUCAGGGAGUACCAGAGUGUUGCAUUUACCUCGCAUGUCCUUGAGCCUUAGGCCUGGUGGAUUUGUUCCUCUCCCAAUAUGUCUAAUCAGUACUUUCUGUAGAACCAUGGAGUUACUUUUAAAGAAAACAAAAGACUUCACCUGCCAAUGCAAUACUUCAACAAUAUGAUUUCUCAUUGCGGAGAAUGAUAUACAACCCGAUAACCAAUGUAGUAAGUAAUAAACAUAAUCGCAACGCUAUGCACACUUUAUACAGGUGGUUAGAACAUUUAAGAGAAAGGAAACGAGGUCUCCAGCGCCGCCCACAAAUUUUCUCCCAGAUAGAUAAUCAUACGCUGGCUUUUGUUUUGUUGUAGAAGUGAGCUCGAUCGACCAUGAAAAUGCGAGGAAUUGAGUUCCAUCGUUAGAUCUAUACCAGAAGAAAAUCAUGACAUAAUCCAUCAUACAGAACAAAUAAGGCAAUUGGAUUGAAUUCGUCCAUUCAUCAAUCAACUUUUUUCACCUUGGUUUCGUCAUCUUUUCGUUUUCUUCUUCCCUCGGAUCGGGGAACUCGUCCUCAAGUUUCAAUCUCGCCGUAACAUUCAUACUCAUCAGUUCCUGGAUGAGCAAUUUAGCGGCGUAGGGGAUGACCAUUUUGACCACCGUGCGAGAGGUCUUGCAACGCUGACACCAGUUGAGGUAGCCCAUGAACCCACACUUCUCGCAGACGUC